ACAAACAGUGUACCUCACCAACAACGACAACAACAACUCUUACCUCGCGCGUGUGUUUGUAUUUAUGGCACCGUAUUUUGAUUCAUAAUGCUGGGAUCACCUAAGAUAUGCUGUUGCAGGCACCGUUAACAACAAUAACAGCGCUGUAAGCAGCGUAAGCAACUGUACUACAGUUGCAUUUUGGUUCUGUUUACAAUCGCCUCUGACAUUGACAUGCCUCUUGAGUGACUCAGUGACUCUUGGGACCACUUCUUGACACGAAAUCCAUAGCCGCACGUUUGCCAAAUGUUGGUCUUCAGCAUACGCAGGAAUGCUGUUGUGUCUCCUGUCUGUCCUACAGUUUUUUGCCCUUACGGGGUAUGCGGUGUCAGCUGAUUUCUUAGUUCCACUUCGGCUAGCUCUUGACAGGAAAAUUUUGAAGUCCGUGGAAGGAAACCUCCUUUCUGCGGAAGUAGUCGAAGGCUUUUAUGUUACUGUCGACUUGGGGACACCUUCACAAAGGCUGAAUUUAUUUGUUGACACUGGUAGUAGUGACCUAGCAGUUGCAUCGUACCCCAACUCCAACCUUUCUACGUAUUUUAAAUGGAAAGAAUCUACAAGCUAUAAUUCUGAACAAAAAACUGUUUCCACGCAUUAUGUUGAGGGCUUUUACAAGGGCACCGUCGGCACUGACAUACUCACAUUGUCUGCAGCGAGUGUGACACUCAGGACUACAGUAAUUACAAUGUCAUAUGCGAAAGGAAUUUUUCCCUUUGGAGCUCAGUGGCAUGGAAUUCUGGGCCUUUCGUACCCAUCUCUUACAGAGCACACAACAUUUAUGCAAGCACUUGACCUCCAGAGGGACGCUGGUCAUUUCACUGUGGCACCGUGUCGAACAAGUUUGAUUCCUUCGAGUGAAACAUGUGGAAAAUUGGACUUUGGGGGUCCCGUGCCAACCAACGUGUUCUUCACCCCUGUGAUACAAGCAAAAUACUACAGCAUAUCUUUAGUCGGCAUGGCUGUCGGGAGUGUGGUGUGGCCUGGUCCAUGCGAAGAACUCAAUGCAGAACAAACCAUAGUUGACACGGGCACCAGUGACUUGAAAUUCCCACCGGCUGUAUACAAGUGGCUGAUAGGUGCACUAAGUGAGGUUGGAUAUAACCUCACCAGUGAUACAUCAACUGCCUACUGCCUUGAAGACGGGUUUACAACGUCUGCCUUCCCAAAUCUUUACCUCCACAUUCCUGGCACAAAUCAUCGAGUAUUUAUCCUUGAAAUUCCUCCAGAGGUCUAUUUUCAAAGUGUACUCAUACAUUCCGUUGAUCAUCGGUGUCAUAGACUGGGAAUCAGCCCAUCAGAAACAGGUGCGGUCAUAGGAUUCACUGUUCUACGAAGUCUUGUUACAGCAUUUAAUACAAAAGACAAUUGUGUUGGCUUUGGUGAAGUUCCUUUCAAUGGAACGCCCAGAAUAACCAUCACUGCUGCAAACUACACACGUUCAGGUCAGAAUUGCCUUCAAAGAAUGCCUCCACCUGAUGGUCAUAUUUGGAGGGUAUUCCAUUAUGUGCUGGCCUUCAUUUGUGCCAUGUGUGCCAUUCCAACUAUUGUAGUUGCAUUCCUGUGCAUAAGGAGACGAAUUGGGAUCUACAGAGCACGGAACAAGACAGACGCUGUGAGCCUUGUGGAAUUUUAGGCAACAUCUAUGCAGAGCUUUUAUGAUUAUGGGUGCCAUUUUUUAUCAUUUCGUUGCUGCUCUGUAUGCUGUUUUUAGUGAUCACCUUUUAAGAUCAUAAAUACCCUGUGAAAGACUGAAUAAAAUAUGCUUGUUUGCUCAACA